CUCACUAGUAGUCGUAUACAUAAACAAAAACAGUAUUGUGAACAGGAAACGUUUCAGAUCCUUCUGUCGAAUCUACCAAGCUUCCUUAUGGCCGAUAAAAAGUCUGGUCCCGUUGGUCCUGGCGGUGGCGCCGGCGGAGGCGGCGAUAACAAGGAAAAACGCCGAAAGGAGUCGAUCCUGGAUCUGAGCAAGUAUCUGGAGAAAACGAUUCGUGUUAAAUUCGCUGGCGGCCGGGAAGCAGCGGGCGUGCUAAAAGGAUACGAUCCACUGCUGAACCUGGUGUUAGACAAUACCGUAGAGUUUCUGCGGGAUCCGGACGACUAUAAGCUAGCGGAAGAAACGAGACACCUCGGGUUGGUCGUGUGUCGGGGGACUUCGGUUGUGCUGAUAUGCCCUCAGGAGGGCAUGGAGUCGAUACAAAAUCCGUUCAUCACACAGGAGGGUUAGAUGGAUUAAUAGGAAACGAUCAUUACACAUUCGAAAUGCAUUUCUUAGGUGGUCAUCAUAAAUAGAAGAAGCUUCUGUAAAAUUUAACUUAUCUAAUUUUACUGCUCAAAGAUCAUGAAGAACCGUUGAAACGUAAAUUAUAAUUUUCAUGAUUUAUAACAAAAUGUGUCCAUAAAAUCAUUACUUAACAAUGCGCUUUUUGUAUUUUUCUAAAUCUAAAUUAGAUUUGCACUUUUCCAGUUCAAGCAUGAAAAUUUGUUGGUAGAAGCAAGCAUCGAAUCUACAAAAACCCCAGAUUAUCAAAUAUGUGUUAGUAACUUUGUUAUUUUCGAUGUGUUUCCCAACGAUUUCAUGCGUAGGUAUUUUCGACAAUUUUGUGGCUAAAACUAGCUUAACAGUAAAAAUCACUUUGUAUAAGUUAAAUAUUGCAACAAAUAAAUGUAACUAUUUAUCACCA